AUUCUUCUCUUGUCAUUACGUCCAGUUGUGUUAAUUUUUGUUAUUUGGAUGAGGCCAGUGGUCUGGGAUAUAAGGCAGUUUCUGUUAAUUUGAAUUUCUGCAUGGCUGUGUAAGUUGUUAUCAUUCAAACUAUAGAGCUUAGGCUAUCGAGGCGAAAUAGGUUUUGAGGGGAAAAAAAGUGUGUGUGUGGGGGGGGGGGCUAUAAGGUAGUAAAAUACAUUUAAGUGUGUCUUACAGAAGGUCUCGGUAAUAUGCCAUAAUGUUCAUCCCAACCCAGUGAUCAGCAAUCUGCGCUCCGGGGCUACAUGCGGCUUUUUUCCCCAUGGAAUAGGUUCGGUUCCUUGUUUGUAAGUUGCUGUUUUUACUUAUCUACAAAGACAUAUGCCCCCCCCCCCCAUGUCCUUUUUUUUUUUAUUUAUUAGUGAAUAAACUUUCUUUUAAAAAAUUAAAUGGCUUUUUUCCCCAUGGAAUAGGUUCGGUUCCUUGUUUGUAAGUUGCUUUUUUUACUUAUCUACAAAGACAUGUGCCCCCCCCCCCCAUGUCAUUUUAUUUAUUAUUUAUUAGUCAAUAAAAUUUCUUUUAAAAAAAUAAAGACUUGGAAUGAACAUUUUACAUGAACAAGAUCAACAAUUCCUCAACUUUUAAUGAAUGUUUUUCUUUUUUUUUUUUAAAUGUGACUGACCUGUUAUUUAAAAAAGAGAAUUUGUCAAAACCCAUCUUGUUUUAUCUAAGCUAAUAGAUGGGAAACAAGAUAUGUUUAGAUCCCAAAAAAAAUUAAAAGGACAUUUCGGAUAAAAUGCCUUAUUCAGCAGACAAUACGAAAAAAAAAAUGAAAUGGAAAGACGAAAGUUUUCUCAGAUCACAAUGCUGCUCUCUCAGAUCAAAUUUUGCUCUCUCGGAUCACAAUGUUGCAUGCUCUCUCGGAUCAUAAUGUUGCUCUCUUAGAUCACAAUGUUGCUCCUUCAGAUCAAAAUGUUGCUCUCUUAGAUCACAAAAUUGCUCUCUUAGAUCAAAAAGUUGCUCUCUUAGAUCACAAUGUUGCUCUCUCAGAUCACAAUGUUGCUCUCUUGGAUCACAAUGUUGCUCUCUCAGAUCACAAUGUUGCUCUCUCGGAUCACAAUGUUGCUCUCUCAGCUCACAAUGUUGCUCUCUAGGAUCACAAUGUUGCUCUCUCAGAUCACAAUGUUGCUCUCUCAGAUCACAAUGUUGUUCUCUCAGAUCACAAUGUUGCUCUCUCGGAUCACAAUGCUGCUCUCUCAGAUCAAAAUGUUGCUCUCUUAGAUCACAAUGUUGCUAUCUCAGAUCACAAUGUUGCUCUGUCAGAUCACAAUGUAGUCCUCUUAGAUCACAAUGCUGCUCUCUCAGAUCACGAUGUUGCUCUCUCAGAUCACAAUGUUGCUCUCUCAGAUCACAAUGCUGCUCUCAAAGAUCACAAUUCUGCUCUCAAAGAUCACAAUGCUGCUCUCUCAGAUCACAUUGUUGUUCUCUCGGAUCAAAAUGUUGCUCUCUCAGAUCACAAUGCUGCUCUCUCGGAUCAAAAUGUUGCUCUCUCAGAUCACAAUGCUGCUCUCAAAGAUCACAAUGCUGCUCUCUCAGAUCACAAUGCUGCUCUCAAAGAUCACAAUUCUGCUCUCAAAGAUCACAAUGCUGCUCUCUCAGAUCACAUUGUUGCUCUCUCGGAUCAAAAUGUUGCUCUCUCAGAUCACAAUGCUGCUCUCUCGGAUCAAAAUGUUGCUCUCUCGGAUCACAAUGCUGCUCUCUCAGAUCACAAUGCUGCUCUCUCAGCCUCUGUGUAAAAACAAAGUCUGAUAAUAAAAACGGACGCUGUUCAAAAGCAAAUCGCGCCCCUCACAAAAUUCUGUGGUGUGUGUUGUCAAUGUAAAGCAUGUAAGUGUUAUUCACGCAAAAUGGAUAGUUUAAACUGCACAAUAUGUGAAUAGAAAUGGAGGGCAAUUGCAUACCACUAGUAAGAGAGUAUUUUGAUUGAUUCCAUUUAGUGAUAUCGAUUUUGUGACUUGUUGCUACAAACAUAGAAAGAUGACCGCAUGUGGGGCGGAAUAUCGGUUUAGGGGUUGUGGGUGGGGCGGGGUGGGGGGAGCGUGUUUGUUUGGUUGAGAGCAGGUCAAUUGUCCAGUUAAGUUUGUACAAUUAAAUUUUUUUUUUUGCGAAAACGAAUCAGAAGGGAUUCCCCCCCCCCCUUUAACCACCCACUCUCUGUAUUCGCCUCUGAUCCGAACACACAGAAGGAAUUUUAUCAGCAAGGUACGCUUUUGGGAAUUAAUACUUAUAAAAGAUGUAACAAAAAUCUUACAAAGCAUUGAAUCGAAUCAGUGGUUAGGGUUCGUGUCAUCCGGUGCAGUAAACUCAUGGUGUCACACCCACCCCCUUCCCCGACUUCCACAAUGGAUUUCUUCUUGUUAAAAUAAGUCCACAGUAUAACAAAGUAAAGAAAAAAAAAACAAUAUUAAUUGAAGGUCAGGAGGUCAGAAGGUCAAUGUAUUUAAGAACUGAAACAACGUUGAGCUAUAGGUUAUUUUGACUUUAAAUUUACUUUAAUUUAAAAGAGUUAUUUCCUGAAAACCUGUCAAUCACUUGAUCAAAAUCAAUAUCUUUUAACGAAUCACUUUCAAUUGAUAGUAGAGUCAGAUAAGAAAGCCUUGACUUUCCCCACGGUGAAUCGUAAAAUAGUUCUUGAUAAGACUUAGUUUUGAAAAGCUCCGCUCACGUUAAGUCACAGAAAUACAGAUCGUAUGAAACAAUUGAAGGCUUAGCGAGAGUUUUGGAGGAUAUUCUAGGAAGUCUCAUUCAGCUAUAUAUGAAUUUCAAAAAAUCAAAUACUGACCAGUCCAUGACUUUGUAGUUGGCCUUAGGUGUGUUUUAGGUCUUGAUAUUUCUUUUAAAAGUUCAUCUUUUGAUAACACAUCUUACAAAGAUACCACUCUUCUUCACCUGCUGUUAGUAGACUCAGAGGUUGAAAAGCCCCAAACAUAAUAUCUGCUACUUCCUUGAUCGCUGAUGAUCUGAUCUGGAGUUCACAAUGAAUGCGAUCAAAACACGCCAACAUCUCCCUACUGUUUUCUUCUCAAAGAGUCCAGCAUCUAUUAGUUGUUCUCCUUCCAUUCUCUUCUUGAACCUCAAUCUUCUCACUACCGAAAUUCCAUAUUGGUCUGAUUUUAAAAGUGCCUUUUCAAUAGCAUAUUCCACCAAGUGGCAGCGCUUCUCGUGCAGAAACAAUCAAACAAAGGUUUGUCACCACAAAUCAAGAAUAAAACCUUUAGUCUGUAGAUACUGCUGUGUAAGAUUAACUUCCUCAAGUAGAUCAGCCCAACGGUGAAGGUAGCAGAUAACCGUGAAAUCAUAGAUAGCAUGCAUGUAAAAGACUUUGUGCUGUACCUCUUGUAUCCAAAUUUUCAAGAGGAUCACAACGAGCUUAACUUCAAUCGCUGCCACACAUUCAUCAAACUCCUCUUUCACUGUUUUAACUGCAGCAUGAUGAGAAAUCAAACGUGUUGUCCACAGUCUUUUUCUUCGACAUUCCAAUGUUCAAUUAAAAAACCCGAUCGAUUAGUGGGCGCAGGAAAGAUGGAAAAUAUUCCCUCAAAAGUACCGAAAAAUGUAAUACGUGCAGCAUUUUCGUUGACCACAUAAGAUAAGCGAAUGGCCCACAUAUCAAUUAAAAUCGCUUUCUUAUUAUUUCUUUUGAUGUAUGUGUGAUCGGUUAUCCUUGUAUAAAAUUCGGUUAGAAAGAACAAUGUGUGCUCUGUAAAUAUGCAAUUUUUCAAUUUGGUGCCAGCCCCUGAGAUGGUGACAUCCCGUGCGGUCCGCACCCCUCGUACCCCCCUUAGCUACGCCACGGCAUUGAAUGAAACGUUUUUUAUUUAAAUUUAAGGUAACUCUACACAAGAACCAAGGAUGCAUAUUUACCCCCCUUGCCACAGCAUCCUACUAGGAUUGUAUAUAUGUGAGUAAAAAAAAAUGCUCUUUAGCCGAAAUUUGGAUUGCAAUGUAAAACUAUUCUUUGUGUUAAAUUAAGCUUCUAAAUUAACGCUUUUUUUUUUUAAUUUGUUUCUACAAAACUUUUUGAGAUUUUAUCUAUUGGGGUCAGGGUGGAUCGAGGGUAAUUUUUACAGGCUAUCGAUGUAGGAAAUGGUUUAAGUAAACAUUAUAGGACAUUUUAUAAGUAAAGACAUGCAUCCUGAAUUAUAUUUAUGGAAAUUAAUUCAUUUUUUUAUGUUUUCGACAUUAAUUUUUUUAAUAUAUUAUAUAGUGACAUUAAUUUUAAAAUCUUAAACAUUAAAUGAGAAUGUUAUAAAGCAAAACAGUAAUGUAGAUUGCCUUUAAAAUCAUAAUGAAGGACUUAGAAAGACACGAGUAAACACUACCGGUUGAAAGGUCAGACACUCUCUCAAGACACGUGACGUUCAUUUGUUCUAAGUAUACAUUUUACAAAAAAAAAAAAUUACUUUUCUGCCAAAGGUUCGUUGAUAGCAACGCCAGAAUGUUCAACACACGACAGACAAACCGCUGGACGGCACGGAGAUAGGUACCAGAAGAGAAAGCCAGGGCAGUCCUCUACAGACUGUAACGCCACCGUCAUACGGUGUGUGUCACUUAUGGGGACAGAUGACUGCAGGUAUGUGUGUCACUUAUGGGGAUAGGUGACUGCAGGUAUGUGUGACACCUAUGGGGACAGAUGACUGCAGGUAUGUGUGUCACUUAUGGGGAAAGAUGACUGCAGGUAUGUGUGUCACGUAUGGGGAUAGGUGACUGCAGGUAUGUGUGACACCUAUGGGGAUAGAUGAUUGCAGGUAUGUGUGUCACUUAUGGGGAUAGAUGACUGCAGGUAUGUGUGUCACUUAUGGGGACAGAUGACUGCAGGUAUGUGUGUCACCUAUGGGGAUAGAUAACUGCAGGUAUGUGUGACACCUAUGGGGAUAGAUGACUGCAGGUAUGUGUGACACCUAUGGGGAUAGAUGACUGCAGGUAUGUGUGACACCUAUGAGGAUAGAUGACUACACUUAUGUGUGUCACUUAUGGGGAUAGAUGACUGCAGCUAUGUGUGUGAGUUAUAGAGCGAUAUGAAAAAGUAGGCAUUUAUGUAAGUUAUAGGAAGAUAUAACAGCAGGUAUGUGUGCCAAUGUAGGAAGAUAUUAUUAUUACAGGUAUGUGUGUCCAAUUAAUGAUGACAUAAAGACAGGUAUAUAUGUCAGUUAUAGGGAGAUAUUACUGCAGGUAUGUGUGUCCAUAACAGGGAGAUAUGAAUCCAGAUAUGCAUGUCCUUUAAAGGGAGAUAUGAAUGCAGGUAUAUGUGUCACUUAUAGGGAGAUAUGAAUGCAGGUAUAGGUGUCACUUAUAGGGAGAUAUGAAUGCAGGUAUAGGUGUCACUUAUAGGGAGAUAUGAAUGCAGGUAUAGGUGUCACUUAUAGGGAGAUAUGAAUGCAGGUAUAGGUGUCACUUAUAGGGAGAUAUGAAUGCAGGUAUAGGUGUCACUUAUAGGGAGAUAUGAAUGCAGGUAUAGGUGUCACUUAUAGGGAGAUAUGAAUGCAGGUAUAUGUGUCACUUAUAGGGAGAUAUGAAUGCAGGUAUAUGUGUUACGUGAAGAGGAAACAUAUCCUACUCAUUAUUCUGUUUCUUAUCAGUGUGCUGAAAGAGCUGGAUGCAUGCUACACGAGCAUUCAACGGUCCUGCAAGAUGACCCGGAACGCCACGCAAGACGUCAUUCAUCAAAGAGGUCAGAUGUCAAAGGUCAGUCUGAAGACGACACCUCCCGCCCAGACGUCCAAGGCCCUUGUGAAGACCACGCCCCCCGGCGAGACGACGUCAAGCGUCCGCGUGAAGGUCACACCCCCUGGUGUCGGGGAGGCGUUCCGCAAUGGCGUCGGUUCAAACAGGGCCUCACCGAACCCCUCGCUAGGAGCCAAUACAAGCAUCGACAUUCUUGUCUCGGAGUGGAUGGAGCUUCUUGAGGACAGGAAGUACGUGGAGAGGCUGUGGGAGCAUUGUGAAGAAGGUAAUUGGUUUUGAUUGAGGAACCUCAGACGCAUUCACCAAUCUGUCCGGAUCAGCCAUCCUGUUAAGAAAGUAUCUGCCACAUGGAUGCAGACUAACACCAACGCUAUCUUUUUAACACUGCACCGUCAGUCGCAAGGGUAGGCGUCACAUUUAGCAGGGGUAGGUGCCACAUUUAGCAGGGGUAGGUGCCACAUUUGGCAGGGGUAGGCGUCACAUUUAGCAGGGGUAGGUGCCACAUUUGGCAGUGGAAGGUGCCACAUUUGGCAGGGAUAGGUGCCACAUUUGGCAGGGGUAGGCGUCACAUUUAGCAGGGGUAGGUGCCACAUUUGGCAGGGGUAGGCGUCACAUUUAGCAGGGGUAGGCGCCACAUUUAGCAGGGGUAGGCGUCACAUUUAGCAGUGAUAGGUGCCACAUUUGGUAGGGUAGGCGUCACAUUUAGCAGGGGUAGGUGCCACAUUUGGCAGGGGUAGGCGUCACAUUUAGCAGGGGUAGGUGCCACAUUUGGCAGGGGUAGGUGCCACAUUUGGCAGGGGUAGGGGCCCCAUUUGGCAGGGGAAUGUGCCACAUUUGGCAGGGGUAGGUGCCACAUUUGGCAGGGGUAGGUGCCACAUUUGGCAGGGGUAGGUGUCACAUUUAGCAGGGGUAGGUGCCACAUUUAGCAGGGGUAGGUGCCACAUUUAGUAGGGGUAGGUGCCACAUUUAGCAGGGGUUGGUGCCACAUUUAGCCGGGGUAGGUGCCACAUUUAGCAGUGGUAGGUGCCACAUUUAGCAGGGGUAGGUGCCACAUUUAGCAGGGGUAGGUGCCACAUUUAGCAGUGGUAGGUGCAACAUUUAGCAGGGGUAGGUGCCACAUUUAGCAGUGGUAGGUGCCACAUUUACCUGGGGUAGGUGCCACAUUUAGCAAGGGUAGGUGCCACAUUUAGCAGGGGUAGGUGCCCCAUUUGGCAGGGGUAGGUGUCCUAUUUAGCAGGGGUAGGUGCCACAUUAGGCAGGGUUAGGUGUCCUAUUUAGCAGGGGUAGGUGCCACAUUUGGCAGGGGUAGGUGCCACAGUCUAAGGUUUAAAAAACGAAGUUUUUAGGCUCGUCGUGGUGCCGUAGUCUUAGGCUUAAAAUCGUAGUUACUACUGCGAAAGCGUGGUAUUAAACAGGUCUGCAAUUUCAAUAAUAAUAUCACAAAAAUAAUAAUCCUCUAGGUGUCUAGGUAGGGAUGUGACGCUGUGUUCAAAUGGUGCGCAAAAUAAAAUUAUCCAGGAGUUAGAACAUAUAAUUGGGAUUCUGAUAAAGUAAACACAGAUGUCAAUUUCUCGCAUUGCCGAAAGCCAUUGUUUGGUGGGUUAUAUCUAGUCGAAACAUGAUUUUUUUUUUUUAAAAGCAUGAGAUGGAAAAAAAAACAACACCAACUUUAUUGAGGAGCACACAUAAUCGUUAUGUCUUAAAUUGUUUUAAUUGAUCUUUCAGAACUGGAAGCGGGCAACUCCUCAUGUUCUCAAGUGACACGGACGAGGCUGCUCCUGCAUUAUCUUCUCCUGCUGAUUUUGGGUGUCUAUAUCCAAUAAAUAAAUACAACUCCCAUUGCUUUACA